UAUAAGUAGACGCUGUGAGUUCAAUCUGUUUAGCUAUAAAUCAUUUUUAUUUCCAUAGCUCUCAAGCCCGUAAAGAAAGUAAGCAAAGUAUUUAGAAAUUUUGUGAUAAACGUUUAUUUGACCAAAAGGACAUUGGGUCGCCUUUGAUCGAAUGACUUUCCAGCAGUUAUUUAAGUUGAUCAUGGGCCAAUCACUCUCGGAACCAAUCACCACAAAGGACACGGCACGUUGUGCCAAUGCUUCCUUCCUCGUGGGCAGCAGCUGCAUGCAAGGCUGGCGUGUUGAAAUGGAGGAUGCACACACUCACAUACUCUCGUUGCCCGAUGAUCCACCAGCGGCAUUCUUUGGCGUCUACGAUGGCCAUGGCGGUGCAGCUGUCUCGAAGUUUGCAGGCAAACAUUUGCACAAGUUUAUCACCAAUCGACCAGAGUACUUUGGCAGCUCAAUUGAGCUGGCCAUGAAGAGGGCUUUUCUCGACUUUGAUCGCGAGAUGCUGCACAACGGCAGCUGGGGCGAACAGAUGGCAGGAUCUACGGCCAACGUGGUGUUGAUCAAAGACAGGCGACUCUAUUGCGCCAAUGCUGGAGACUCGCGAGCUAUUGCCAGCGUGGGUGGCAUGAUGCGUCAACUGUCUGUGGAUCACAAGCCUGGCAAUGAGUCGGAGAUCAAGCGUAUUGUGGCAGGAGGUGGACGUGUGGAGAACAAUCGAGUCAAUGGCAAUUUGGCCUUGUCGCGUGCUUUGGGGGAUUUCAUGUACAAGCGCAAUACCAGCAUGAAGCCAGAGGAGCAAAUUGUCACAGCCGAUCCGGAUGUGUUGUGCUGUGACAUCGGCGAGGAUUGGGAGUUCGUUGUCCUCGCCUGCGAUGGCAUCUGGGAUGUGAUGAGCAGUCCUCAGGUGGCGGAUUUUGUACGCGAACGCAUCGCUGGGGGCAUGCAACCGGAUCUCAUCUGUGAGCAGCUCAUGGACUUUUGCCUCGCACCCACUGCCUACAAUUAUGGCCUGGGAGGUGAUAAUAUGACCGUCAUCUUGGUCUGCUUCUUGCAUGGAAAAUCCUAUGACGAUUUGAUACAGCGUUUGGGUGGUCCAAAGAUUGCAAAUUUUGAGACUCCCGUCGGUGAUAUUGGGCCUGAUCUCAAGAAAAAACCACUAAACACUCCCAAUGUCAGCAAAAGCAAUAUGAAGCAUGCUUGAUUUUGAUGUCUGUUCCAUUUUGUUUAUAUGUUUCUUAAUUUUUUGGCAUAUUUUCUAUUCAUUGUCGUACAUUCAUAUACUUUAACAAUCUUAUUUGGACAAAUUUUAGCGCUGUAAGUAUUCCAAAUUUUUUAGUCAGACAUGAAGUUUAUUGACUUCAAAUACAUGGGAAAUAUACGU